AAACCCCGUGGCACCGUUGUGUGUCAGACAGUUUCGCUGGGACCCGCGAUCUAUGCCGGCGAAGAGGGGGAUGGGCGCCACUGCGAAUGUUAGGACCCGAGACCGAAUCAUAGCCCUGUACUACUACCACAUAGAGCUGCAUAUACCCCUUUAUAAAUAUCGAUUGUAAAUAAUAUACAGCACCAUAAUAAAUGGAUUAAACCACCCUGGAUUCAACAUAUACACUCGAUGGAAAUACGGUGCCCAAGCAGGACAGGGAAUUAAACGUUCAACCUUUACGUGGGGGAGAUUUAGAAGUUUGUUUCCUACCCCAGAAGAGGGAGCUACCAAGGGGGGCAAAGGAUAACAGGAGACUCCGAGGCCGAGUUGGAGGCCUGGUUCGAUUUGAUGUUGGAAUACUCGAAGAUCUGCAGACAACACAGGAGGAUACUUAGUUCGUACUGGGUUGGAAUGUCUCACUAGGUCUCCCCAUGUCCGUGAGCCGUCGGCUGCGGCUUUGCGGCACCCCACCCCUAGAGUGGUCUGUCGCUGCAGUUCGGACCCCGUGAUCCCUCUCCCGCCCCCCCCCCCUCUCCCCUCCUCCUCCCUCCCUCCCCUCGUUCCCCUCCCUCAUCGCUGUGCAGGACGUCAUGAGCAUAGUAAUCGCGCUGGGAGUCACCACACCAGAAACGUCCUACUCAGAUAUGGCUGCUGGAUCAGACCCUGAGUCAGUGGAAGCAAGUCCUGCCGUGAACGAGAAAAACUACCCCAACCACAACUGUGGGAGUGCACACAGUCAUGGGUAUCGAGGACUGCCAUAUACUGAUCACAACUAUGGCGCGCCCCCUCCCCCCACCCCACCUGCCUCCCCGCUCUCCCAAACCAUCAUUCCCCGCAUGGAGCUCAACCCCGCCUCCCGCUACCAUGACAACGCCACCAAUGGCGGCCAGGAGGAGAACUCUGCCGACAGCGAAAGCUCGUCGGAGGAAGACGGGGCUGUGGCCAGCUGGUGCCACUGCAGCCUGACGCAGGACGGCUUCCUCAUCAAGUGCGAGAGCUGCAGGGGGCUGGACAGAAGGAAAGGACUGUAUGGCCAACGCAGGAAACCAGAAAAUGUAUCAGUGGGCGAGAGCAGUGCCACGGAGAGCGGCGACGAGGAGGUGUCGCCCGCCACAGUGUCCUACACGGCCACACAGCACACGCCCACCAGCAUCACGCUCACUGUCAACCGCGUCAAGCGGAACAAGUCCAAGAAGAGGAAGAAGAGCACGGAGAAGGCCCGCGGAGUGCCCAAGGGCAAGAAGAUCAAGGCCUUCAGAGAGGGUUCUAGAAAGUCCAUGAGGAUGAAGAACUCCACGACGGAGGCCAGCGCGGUGGACGAGACUACAGCGGAGGGCUGGGAGAGCCGCAUCCGCCAGUGGACGGACCAGUACGAGGAGGCUAUAGCCAACCAGUACAGCGCCGAUGUCCAGAUGCUGCUCCAGCUGCACCGUGCCGUUACCGCCGAGGGCGUGGCGAGUGAGACUACCUCACCGGCCCAGGUCAACGCCUCGGCGGAUGCCAUGGACACAAUUAACCGUACAGAGCUGGCGUGCAACAAUACAGUGCUGGGCUCUCAGAUGCAGUUACAGCUGGGGCGGGUGACGCGUGUGCAGAACCACAGGAAGGUCCUGCGGGCGGCAAGGGAUCUAGAGCCAGACACCCUGAUCAUCGAGUACCGGGGCAAGGUCAUGCUGAAACAGCAGUUUGAGGUCAACGGACACUUCUUCAAAAAGCCCUACCCCUUUGUGCUGUUCUACUCCAAAUUCAACGAGGUGGAGAUGUGCGUGGACGCGCGGACAUUUGGGAAUGAUGCACGCUUCAUCCGGAGGUCCUGCACGCCCAACGCAGAGGUUCGGCAUAUGAUCGCCGAGGGCAUGAUCCACCUCUGUGUCUACGCUGUCACGCAGAUCCCCAGAGACGCAGAGGUCACCAUCGGCUUUGACUAUGACUUCAAUAGCUGUAACUAUAAGGUGGACUGUGCCUGCCACAAGAACAACCAGCAGAACUGCCCUGUGCAGAAGCAUAACCUGAACCCGCGCGAGACCCUAGGCUGCCCCGGCACGGGUUCGCUGCUCCCACCCUCCCAGCUCACAGGGCACACGGGGGCAGAGACGCGGCGGAGGAAGGCCCGGCGGAGAGAGAUAGAAGGGUCAGGCGGCGGCUCAGGACUGGGUGGGAUGUCGGACGACAGUAACCAGCCGCCCGAGGAGAGUGGUGAGGUCCGGGAGACGCUGCAGGGCAACGGCAGCCUGGGCAACAGCGAUGUUGAGGAGGGCCUCCUCAAGCAGGAGGAAGGAGAGGAGGGCGAGCUGGACCAGAACGGAGUCCUCAUCUCCAGUAGACAGAAGAGGACGUCUACCACAGGGGGCAUAGAUGAGCCCAAACAGGAGGGCCUGGAUUGCGAGGAGUGGAGCAGAGGGAACCCCACAGGGAGUAACCCCACACACCACCAAGCAGGGGUGGGGAUAAGCACCCGUCGUGCAACUUACGCGACUGAACCAUCCUCAGCAGCCGACGCAGACAAGACCCAGACGUCCGCCGCUCCCCUCCCGGCCCCCCUUGCUCCCCCCAAGCCUCCCCCGGCUCGCUCCUCCAAGCCCCGGCCUAAGAGCCGUAUCUCGCGCUACCGCUCCAGCUCGUCACAGCGCGCCCGGCGCCAGCGGCAGGCCCUGGCCCAGCAGCAGGCGGCCCUGGAGCAGGGGGUGGCGGCUGAGAUGCAGGAGAGCCCCCUGGGGGCCCCUGGUUCAGAGCUGGGCCCGGUGGACGGGGCACUGGGAGUCGGGCAGGUCUUAGACGGAGAAGGCCUGAGUGCUCUGAACAAGGGCAACCUGCCCAAGACCAAGAAGUAUCUGGUGACAGAGUGGCUGAACGACAAGGUGCUGGACAAGGCAGCCCAGCAGGAGGUGCCCACGGUGGAGCGGCAGCUGCGCAUCACCACCGACCCCACGGUGCUGGCCACCACCCUCAACAUGCUGCCGGGCCUGACGGCCUCGCCGCUCAUCUGCACAGCGCCCAAGCACUACGUGCGCUUUGGCUCGCCCUUCAACCCCGAGCGCCGGCGCCGGCCCGUCAGCGUGGACGCAGCCUACGGCUCCUUCAAGAAGAGAUGGAUCCAACAGGCCCAGUGCGAGAGUGGGCCGUGCUCGGGAGGCCUGGAGGACGGCACCGAGUCCACAUCCUCUCACCAAAGUAACAGCAGCAGCUCCACCCCCAACCCUUUUAAAGCAGAACUGGCGGCACCCCCCAAGAAGCGGCGGUCCAUUUACGGCCCAGAGGCGGAGGCGGCUCCACCACUUCCCGGCUCAGAAGAACACAGUCUGCUACUGCGGCCCCUAUCACCCAUCACGCCCCCGUUGCCCUCAGACCACCCCUUACUCAGCCCCGCCUCCUACGCUACCCCCGCGCUGCUGGGUCGUUACGGCGACGAGGAGCACCGGCUGUCCAAUGGCUAUUCACCGCUGCCCUCGCUGCCCACCAGCCGCUGCAACACGCCGCUGCAGUUUGAGAACAUAUCGUCUCCAGAGGCCUCUCCUGUGCACAGGCCGGAGUCCAUCUCUCCAGAGCCGUGCCUGCGGCCCGACUUUGACGCCCAGUGCUGCGCCCUGCAGUUUCCAGACCUCUCUCUGUCCUCGGGCCUGGAGAGCCCCGUGCCUGCCAUGUCGGAUGACUUCACUCUCCUCUUGGCAACGGGGCCUCCUCCCGACACACAGGGGCCGCUCACCCCCUUGACACCGGGUACCCCCUCCGAGUUGGCCCUGCAGGCCAGAGAGCAGAGCUUCAGGACGGAGUUCAACCUCAUCUACACCUGCUCCCCACUCAACGCCAACCUGGGAAACCUCGCCCCUGCUGCCCCCACCGACAGCCGCAUCAGCCAAUCAGAGGGCAGCUAUUCCCCGGCCGAGUCCUUCUACAGCACCGUGAGUGGCCAGGGGAUCCUGGCGGAGGCGGGGUCUGACUCGCUGUCGCCCUACGGCGAGCCGCAUUAUGGCGGCAGCUACCCGGAUGGCGGCACGCCACCCCACCACACCAGCAACCCACCACAGAAGAAGAAGGUGUCUCUGCUGGAGUACCGUAAGAGGAAGCAGGGGAGCAGCAGGGACCCCGAGCACGGGGGCAGCUCCCUGGGCACCCCCACCCGCCUCGGCUCCGUCUGUGCCAGCGCCGAGUCCCCCAGAGGCCCCCAUUCCCUCCACUUGCAGCCCUCGUCCUCCCCCCCCACAGCUCCUUCUCUCCCCCAGAUGGAGGAGGUGAGCCCCCCAGAUAACCACCACCACACCACCACCUCCCACGCCCCGGGACCACCACAGCAACAGCAGCCCAGGGAUCAGGAGGGCAUCAGCCACUGGAUGGUGCCCACAACAGUAGAGCGGCUGAGGGAGGGCCAGGGCGUCUUAGAGCGGGUACUGAGGGGCUCCCUCCAGAUGGACCGCGUGCUGAAGAGGACGGAUGGCUCGGCUGCUGACAAGGACCCUGAUACAGACCGGUAUGAGAUCCAGACAGUUCCCCUGGCCUCUCCCAUGAAGAGCUCACAGACAUACAGCCCGUCUGUCUACACUUACCAGGUGCAGCCCCCCUUAUCGGAGAGCCACCAGCAGACAGUGGACAGUCCGGCCUUCCUUCAGCAGAGCGUGUCCUCUCCAUUCCAUGGCUCCUACAGCCCCUCGGCCCCCCUUCCCUCAGUUCAGGGCUUCUACCCUCGCCUGUCUCAAGACCACUCGCAGCAUCAUCCACAACAGCCACUCAACUCCUCGCCCUCCUUCCCCAACCAGACAACCUCCUCUGCAGACUCAGCCCUAUGUGGGGCUUCCAGACCACCAGGAGGCGCUCUGCACCAGUCGAGCAGCAGCAGCAGUAUGGACGGGUCCCACACGUACAGCGCCGGGAGCCAGCUAAAAGCCAGCCUCUUGAACAGCGGGUUGUCAGGGUCUCCUACCCCUGGCUCCAGGGCUCACGGCAACCCUAAAACAGACUUGGGUGCCAGUGUGGCGGGGAACCACACCUCCAGACUGAGCCAGCAGCUGGCGUCCCGGAGCCUGAAACCAGGCAGCCCCGGGCAGACGGUGCUGCAGGCCGGCUCCAGGCUUCUGGCGGCCACCGCCAGCCAACACUACCCGCAACGCGGGGCACCACUCAGUCCGUUCCAGCACCCCCCCAUACAGGGGCCAGGAGUAAGGACACAGUCAGGAAGCGUUUAGGAUGUUGUGUGUGUGUGUGUUUUUGAGUGAGUGAAAGGGUGUACCUCCUCUCCCAAACCCUCUGGAGAAACUAUGCUUGGGGAUAUGUACAGACCUCCGAGGAGCCACGACUCUGCUUCUUGUAUUUCUCCUUAUUUUCUGUCUUUUUUCGGAAAACAAUUUACUGUGUUCUGCGGAAAACAAUUUACUGUGUUCUGCGGAAAACAAUUUACUGUGUUCUGCGGAAAACAAUUUACUGUGUUCUGCGGAAAACAAUUUACUGUGUUCUGCCUCAAGCUAAUCGAGGAACUUCAACAUCCUCAAGGAAUCAAUGGAAAAAGAGGAAGAAAAUACCUGUUCAACAAAAAAGAGAAAUCAUUUGUAAUUUGAAAUGACCCUGACAUGAACAGACUGUGUAAAACAGGCUAAGUAGAUGGUGAAACUCAACCAUGAAUAUCUGUACAAAGUGUUUGUUUUUGAAGAAAUGUACCUGUUGUUUUGGUACCUGGUUUGAUAAUGCUGAGAUUUUGUUGAGGUAACUUUUUGUUAUUUGGCCAGCAGCAGGGUCAGUCCUGCAGUAUACAUGUGUUUAGUUUGGAAAGGGUAAACGAUACCAGCAAGAGCGUAUGUGUGUAUCAUCCGUUAUAAAGAUGCAGAGAGGGUGGCAGCUAUGAGCUCCCUAAAAAUCAUUCCAUAUGAUUUCCAACUUUUUGUGUAAAAUGUUUUUCUGAAAACUCUUGAUCUGUUUUUCACUGUUCUUUGAUUUUCUUCUGCUCUUUGUUUUCCUUCACCACUUGACUGUUUUGAUUUGCUAUAUUACUACUUCACAGUAGAUUUGCUAUAUUGUACUUGAGUCAAACAGAUCUUGUAAUUCAUGGUGCUGCAGUUGUUUUCGUUUUAAGUUAUUUACAGUUAAAUCCAGUUAUGUUUCCCACAAAUCGGUUGAUUCAACUCGCCAUCUGUAAUUUGGAAUCAAACUUUUGCCAGAAAUGCAUCCUAGUAAUCGUUAACACCUUUUUGUGCUGCAAUGCAGUGACAGUGAGAAGUAAGAAGAAUAUAUAUAUAUAUAUAUAUUAUUUUUACUCCGUUGUUGGGUUUGUCGUCUCUUUUGAAUCCUGUCGGAUUAGUUUUAUCAAAAUGUAUUGAGAAUAUAUUUUUCUCUCCUUCUGACCAUUCCUUGCAUUCCAUAUGCCACCUAAGAAAACAGGAGGAUGGUUUGAACGGUAUAAAAAAAAGCUGCUGUGUUCUCCUUAUUUGUUGCUGCUUCAAGAAGUCUCACUUUCCACAGAAUGCUGUACCCCCAUUUUAUUAGGGUCCUUACCAACGGAAUACUAAACAAAAAGAUGAACAUCACAACGCAAAAUUAGUCAUCUGCCAUGACCACAGCAUGGGGACUUUCAAUCAACGUUAAAUGACAUUGCUGAUGCACGCUGGGAGUUGUAGUACCCUAGUGCCAGGAAGAUGGAAAUCGUUCAGAGAGUAAAUGUCUUUGGGGCUUCGGAAAGAGGGACUGGCCAGCUUGACCGGACACUUGACCUUUCUUCUUAUUGCCUCAUCCACAGACGUAAGGUACUCACUGUUUGAAUGAAUGUUUGACAGAAGACAUCCUGAGAAAUGUCACCCAAAAUUACCAGCACCUUAAAUAAAGAAAUAACCCCUAAAAUGAAACAAAAAUGACAAUGUA